AUGGUCUCAGUGUCGACCGACAGCGGCCAGAACCACCGCAAUGGCAUCAAGAAGACUCGGCGCCCACGGAAGAUGUCCAUGGAAGGGAUGCACCUGGGCUGUUCUGAGCGUCCGCCGUGGUCCUGUGGUUUGCCACCCCACCGGGAGAAACCAGCCUGGUCCGACCAGCCCAAGAAUUGCCGCUUCGUGCGCAAUCAGGCCUUCGCCAAGCGUGGCAUGAGCAAGAUGACCGCUGAGGAGAAGGAGGAGUUGAAGGCAACUCAGCGUGAGGCCUGGACAGUGGUUGACAUGGAGGCGCAGAAGAAGGUGGAUGAGAAGAGAAAGGCUGAGCGCCAGGCAUGUCCAAUGACGACCUAUCCCGACAAUUUCCAGGUGUGCCAUGCGUGCACUGUGGCGGGCUGCCAAUCUUGCAGUAAAGAAGGAUGUGAGGAGUGCAUCUUGCCGGCCACCCGCAUCCUGCUGCAGCCGGAUGACUUCUUUGGUGGUCAUAGCGAGAGCCAAUGCUUCUCGAUCUUUAUCUUUCUCCACCUGGCCUUCGUGCUCUUCUGCUUGACCUCCUCCGUGCUGAUUCUGCUCCGGUUUUUGUGCUUGAGCUGUGGAUCGGCCAAGAGUCCAGGUGCCUUGGAGCAUUGCCUCGCGCACCGACGCCGAGCAAAGGUGCGAAACUACCACGUGCCGGGGAAUGUGUUGUAUUCCUUCAGCACGAAUGUGCAGAGGGAGAACGUCUCCGGCUUGGGACUGGCGCUCUAUUUUCGGCACGUGGCCUUCCAGGGGCUUCUGAGUUUUUUCCUCAUCGCCUUGUCAGCAGCAGGCCACUUCCUGCCUGAGCUGACCCACGAGAGCGCCUUUCUUCCACGUUUGAUCCCACCAGACAAGCUGGGCCUGGCGCAAGACUUGCAUGCCUUGGCACUCUAUGUCUUUUGCUUUGUCGCCACGGUGCGGUGGCUCUUUACUCAAGGGCGUGCCGCCCGAGCUGAGUACGAAGAGGUUCCGCAUCUCGCUGAUUAUGCCUUGUUUGCUGAAGGAUUUCCCAAGUGA